ACUUACGAACACACACCCCCACCCACCCAAGGAAACAUGGAGAAAGGUCGCUCUAUUGAGAUCACAGCCAUCUCUGCUGAGGGCCUACGAAUUGCCAACCGUCCCAUCAAGAAGAACGCUUUCAUGAUCGUCCGAACCGACUCCCAGAACUACCGAUCGACCAGCAUCGAUCGCGAUGGCGGAAGCUACCCCUUGUGGAAUGAGAAGUUCCAACUGGCAUUGCCGCCUAAUGCUCGGUCGAUCACUGUCGAGGUACAUUGCAAGAGGAUCACCGGAUUGAAGAAAGUUGGGAGCGUGAAUAUUCCCAUAUCGGAUAUCAUAGAAGACUACGUUCCAGCUUGUCAGAUUCACUUCCUUAGUUACCGAUUGCUAGAACGAGAUGGAGGGCCGACCGGCAUCGUCAAUUUGUCGAUUAGGAUGGUGGGCCCGGAAUACAUCCAACAGCCGAAGCCACCGUUGGUGGGGGAGAAGUGUUCUGAUGGGAUUGCAAUUGGGAUUCCUCUGCCUUAACGGUUACAGAAGUUAGUUACUACAUUUUGGUUGCAAGAGAUAUUUUGAGCUAUUUCAGAUCUUCCUUUCCUUCUAUUAGGUCCUGCAAUCCCCAUUAAUGGGCCAUGGCAUGAAAAUUGCACCUUGAUGAGGAUCCUUUCCAUCCGAUUGGUGGCGCUGUCAUUGAAAAAAUAGAGAAAGCCCAAAAAUCCAGUGAUCGAACGGUUGGGAUUAUCGCUCUAAUUUUUGCAUCCGAGCCCGUUGCGUUGGGGCCUUGUUUUAUGUUCCUAAAGAGUGUCCACUAAAUAUUUGUACUCCAAGCCAUGAAAUUUUCUGUACCAAUUCACGAAUCUGUUAUACA